AUGACGGAGCUGAGACCUGUGAAGAUGUGGAACAGAUCGGAAGACCUGAUGUGGUCAUUCCGAGCACCGUGGAAGAAAUGUGUUCCUGUAAUGAGACCCGCUACGUCGUGUCCCGAAGAUCAUCGCUGGGCCCGACGCAACGUCUCCAUGAAUCGCAAUCCGGGUAAUGAGCAAGUAUCCAUUAUCUUUUCCGAGAUCAUCACCGCCAUCUCCUUUCUGUUUGGCGUCCCCUGCAACGGCGCGGUAAUCUGGGUGAUAGGAUUCAAGAUGAAGAGGAAGGUCCACGUUGAGUGUUUCCUGAACCUGGCCGUGGCGGAUCUGAUCAUCUGCCUUACCUUCGGCCUCGGGAUGUUCAUCAAAAACGUCCGACACCUCUGUAUCGGAGGAGAUAUUCGCUUUACGUUGAUCUACUUCACCAUGUGCUCCAGUUGUUCCGCCAGCGUCUUUUUGUUGAUUUUGAUCAGCAUCAUCCGCUGCCUCUCUGUCACUCGGCCCGUAUGGUUUCGGCAGCACCUUAGCCACUAUCUGGCGCGUGCAGCUUGCAUAGCGGCCUGGGGCCUCGCGCUCCUCGUCGGCUUGAUCGGCACACUGCAUGGAAAGUUAGAGCCGGAAGACGGGUAUAAAACGAGGGGAAUAUGGAAUGCAAGUUGGGCCAUCGCCAUUUUCGGCAUCCCAGUUCUGAUUAUGGCCGCUUGCUACCUCCUGGUUGUCUGGAAGCUGUACGCGGGAAAGUUCGUCAAGUCCAGGAAGCCUAUCCGCCUCACCUUGGCCGUGGUCACCGCCUUUAUCAUCUGCUGGCUCCCGUUCCACAGCUGCACCGUAGCCAAAUCCUUUUCCAAAGAUCCCACGAUCUUCUGUAAGGUAUCAUGCAGUCUGGUUUGCUUCAACAGCACUCUAAACUCCUUUCUCUACGUUUUCGUCGGCCGCAACUUCUGCUUGGUCUUCAGACGCUCAGUGGCCAACUCUAUCAGACUUGCUUUCACCGAAGAAGCGCAAGAGUUAGAGAACGACUGUCCUGAUAUUACUGUCACCACCGUGACGAGACUGAGAGGGACCCACGACGCUGACCCUCAGGGGAGCAAUGUCCCCUGA